UAUUGUUCUCGUAUUUACAUAACGAAAGACGUCCAAGAUGGAAGGAGCUCAAGGAAUUUUGUUCUCCCUUUUUGUCCUCCUUGCUCUUUCUACGACUCUAACCAUUGCCAAAGAUUAUAAAGCAACGAAAUAUGCUCCAAAUUGGGAUUCCCUCGAUAAACGUCCGAUUCCAUCCUGGUAUGACAAGGGAAAAUUUGGAAUCUUUAUGCACUGGGGAGUUUACUCUGUCCCUUCCUUCGGUUCCGAGUGGUUCUGGCAGUUUUUACAUGAAGGAGUUCCCUCUUAUGUGGAAUUUUUAAAGAAAAACUAUCCCCCAGGAUUCAAGUAUGCUGACUUUGCUCCGAUGUUCCAUGCCGAGUUCUUUAAUCCGAACGAAUGGGCCGACUUGUUGGCAAAAUCUGGAGCAAAAUAUUAUGUUCUGACCAGCAAGCAUCAUGAAGGGUUUACUAACUGGCCAUCAAAGGAAUCAUGGAAUUGGAACUCUGUUGAUACUGGCCCACAUCGUGAUCUUGUUGGUGAACUUGCUCAAGCUAUACRUAACAGAACAAAUGUUACCUUUGGACUGUACUUCUCCCUCUUUGAGUGGUUUCAUCCUUACUACCUGGAAGAUGCUAAGAAUACGUUUCACACUCAGAAAUAUGUGGAUGAAAUCAUGCUUCCCCAGUUGUAUGAUAUCAUCAAUAACUACAAACCAGAGUAUCUUUGGACUGAUGGCGACUGGUUAGCCUCUUCGUCUUACUUUAGGAGUACUGAUUUUCUUGCAUGGCUUUAUAAUGAAAGCCCAGUAAAGGAUACUAUUGUUGUGAAUGAUCGCUGGGGAAAUGAUAGUAGAUGUACACAUGGAGGAGUUUACACAUGUGAAGACAGAUUCAACCCUGGCAAACUCCUGCCUCACAAGUUUGAAGAUGCCACAACAGCUGAUAAAUCAUCCUGGGGCUAUCGUCGAAAUAUGAACUAUGCUGAUGUACGCACAACAGCUCAACUUAUUGGGGAAAUGGCUAAGGUUGUGAGCUGUGGAGGAAACUAUCUCCUUAAUGUUGGCCCAGCAUCAGAUGGCCAUAUCGCACCAAUCUUCCAAGAACGCUUGAUUCAAAUUGGAGAGUGGUUGGCUGUGAAUGGUGAGGCAAUCUAUGAAAGCAAACCAUGGAGAGUCCAGAAUGACACAGAUAAUCCUAAUAUCUGGUAUACAAACAAGCCAGAGUUACUUUCAGUGUACGCUAUCAGUCUUACAUGGCCAACUAAUAAUGUGUUGAAGCUUGGUGCACCAGUUACCUCUGCUGAAAGCAGUGUCACUCUUCUUGGAUACAAUGGCUCCUUACCUUGGCACCCUUAUCAAGGUGGAAUGGCUAUUGAAUUACCAAAUAUUCCUGAAUCCCUUCUGCCAUGUAAAUGGGCAUGGGUAUUCAAGUUAAAGCAUGUCAUUUAAAAAAUCCAGAACUAGAAUCUUGGCUGGGUAACAGUGAACAAAGUUGCCUCCAUACUGUAUCUGCAUCUUAUUGACUGUUUGAAAUUUUUUUGACUCCCUGACUUUGUUGGUUCAUAGAGCUUUGUUUAUUUUUGCUUCAUAUAUGUUUGGCUCUAGCAAAUGCCAAGUUAUUACCUCUGUGUCAAGCCCUGUUGCUAGGACCUUGAAAGGGGAAGUUCAUUUUUCUAUCAAUCUUAGUUAUCCCGUUUCUUUAAAAAUUAAAAUAGUGCUAAACAUUA